AUGAGCAAGAAACGUUCCUCAAGCAGCCGCAAGAACAGCAAACGCCAAAGCAAUGCACGAAAUCGCCCGCGCCCUAAUCCAGGCCCUCCCAAUCAUUUGAAUCGAGACGCGAGACGAUCAAGCGAUUUCGAAUCUCUUCGCAAAGAAGUCACCGAAGCCUACGGGUUACCCAGUGAUUGUCGAAUGUAUUUCUUGAAGAAAUACAGUAUGGGUAAUCUCCCACAAACGCCUCGCUUACGAAUUUCACACCACAACAGUGUCAUCUUGGACGCCGAUACUUGGAAGGUGCUUCAAGUAAUUCGAUUUACUCCUUUUUCUGCUAUGGAUGACGACCAUAUGAAAUCGAUGAAAUUCACCAUCAAAAUGGUCUACAAACAUACACUGGCUAGAUCAACGGUCAAAAUCAAUCAUGCAAUGAAGGGGGUAGAAAACCCAGGCGAAAUGUAUUCCGCAGGCUUCAGGGGUGCCUCAGACAAAGGGCGCACGAUGGGGGUAACUGCACUCAGUGCAAAGACAGGUCGAAGUAAGCAAGCUAUCCUCGAGGACGAAUUGAGGAUGGACGACAUGGCCAUCAUAAAUGACACUCUGGCUGAGUGGAUGUCUACUUUAUGCAUGCGCGCUUUUCAAUCAAACCGAGACCUGGCUUUAGAAUUCUCCAUUCCAUCUUUCUCCGAUAAAGCUUGGUGUGAUUCUCCGAAUGCAAAUGUAAUUGCGUCCAACAUCGUGGUCACCCAAGACGGUUUCCACAAUAAUCCUCAUCCCGACUUCGAUGCAAGCCCAUAUGCUUAUGGGCUAUUUGCCCGUAUAAGUCGCGAAACUGGCGAGCUUCACUGGGUUGACCUUUCGGAUUACUUAGGUGAUAUUGUGGGUUGUUAUUUCAUUUUGGAUCAAUAUCACGUUGAACUAUGUCUGGAUGCAUGUGACGGCGUUGUUGAGAGUUGUUGGGCAAGUGAUGAACUCCAUCACACUUCCGCCUCAACAACUUACGACGAGGGCUGGCAGUCUAUCAAACCGAAGGAUUCACCCAUCACCCGAUUCGGUUGCUCAUUGCAGAUCAAUGCCGCUCUCCUUGGACGAAUCGAUGGUUUACUGAAAUUGAAGGUUGGUAAAACCGAUGAUGAAUGGGCAAUCUACAAACGAAAAGUGGUGAAGUGUUAUGAGCAAGAAAUUGUUAAUAAGUUAUCAAAGGUUCCCAUCAAGCCUGUUAAACUUCCCAAAAGUAAGAAAUCCAAGAAGAAUGCCAUGUGA